AUGGAAGAAAGUGAGACAUAGCUGAAUGUGAAAGUACAAGAAUAGGGCAAAUUGUACAGUGCUAAUGAGAUUGAAAAUUUCAAUUAGUAUUUAAGCGCAAUUUGCUUGAGUUUAUUGAUCAUCGAUAAGGAUUAAUGGAAUGUAGCAUGUCACGAGGAUGUGAAUUAAUAAAAUAUUUGUCAAUUUUUAUCGGAUUCCUAAAUAAAGGCUCUGAUAGUUAGUAAGACUGUGGAGAAUGAGAAAUUCAAUAUUUAAAUUCGCUCAGAAUAUGAGGCAUCCAACAAUUAUGCUCAUACAAUUUGCUUUUUAAAGAGACACACCUUUCAAUAUGACAAUUAAUUACAACCAUAGUAAUUUAGUAACCAUGUUUAAGUGAUAAACGUUGGAUAUGCAGAAUCACAAGGAGGAGCAAAUCCCUUCACUUUGUCACACAAUUACGUAUAAAAUUGUUUCAUUCCAAUCUUCACCCAAUACAAGGGCGAGAUUGACAAAAAGAGGAUUGUAGAUCAAUCGAGUUAUAACGAUUUGAUUAAGAAGCUGAAUGAAGUUAAUUUGGCAUUCAUUAAAUGCAGAUAGAAUGUGGAAGUGCCUGAAAUCAUUUUACAAUUCGAUCCUCGUAUCAAGGAAGCUGUCAAAUAGAGAGGAGGCAAGCCAACAAUUGAAGAUGCAGCUCAAUUGAAUAAGCCUGACAUAGUUUAAUCAAUAUCUCAGACAGUGACAAGAUGGAUUUCAGACAUAAAUUAAAUAUCAAACACAAAGUUGGAGUUGACUAAUGCAAGUAUAGUGGAUGAAAUAAACUAUUGGAUGAGCAUGGAGAGGUCGUUGUUUUUUAUUGAGAAUCAAUUGAAACAACCUGAAGUUGAUUUCACAAUCGAAGUGUUGACUCAAGCUAAGAAGAUGAACAUCACAGCACAAUUUAAGGAGAUAGCCUUGAAGUAGAGCUUAUAGAAAUGUCAAUCAUGCAACUAAUUCAUGAAAGAAUUCCCAAUCAACAAUUUAUUGAUAGCAACAAAUUUGGUGGAAAUCAAAGAUGCUAUGAUCUAGAUAUUCUAACAUAUGAAGAAAUUGUCAAACAUUCAAGAGACAUACACCAUUCCUAGAUCACUUCAAUUGGCAGAAUCCUUUUCAAGAGAAUUGACAAAUGAAAUGAUCAAAUAUUUUAAGGGAUUUUAGAUACUCCACAUUAAGUAUGUUGACUUCAAGGGCUUAAUCAUCAAGACUCAGGAGAUCUUCAGUCAAUGGGAUGAGGAAUAUAAGAUAUUCAAAUAAAGUAUUGUCAAGAAAUCUGUGCAUCAGAAGGAUUAAUAUGGUUAAUUUGAGCACAUCAAAUUGCAAAAGCAGAUCCAACAUAUUUAGAGACUUAGGGAAAUGCAUGAAAAUCUCAAAGAAGUUAUUGAGUAGAUCAUUCAAAAUGAUUAAGAAGAGUAGAAGGAGAAUGUCCAAUAAUUUGCCACCUUAUAAGAAAUUCAAUAGGCAUAUGACAUUUUCAAAAAUGUUGAAGUGUUUGAUUUGAGUAGAGAUGGCGAAGAUUAGUUUUUCAGAGCAUUGAAAUAAUACGAAAUUGCUAUUGAAUCCGUUGAAGCAACUAUUACUACAAAUUUGAGAGAUUCACUUGGUUCAGCAUCGUCUGCCAAAGAAAUGUUUAGAAUAUUGGCUAAAUUCAAUAAGUUGUUUUCAAGACCAAGAAUCAAGGGGGCCAUCCAAGAGUAUCAAUCACAAUUGUUAAAGACUGUCCACAAGGAUAUUCAAUCCUUACAGAAUAAGUUCAAGGAAACUUAUUAAAAGAGUUAGAAUUCGAGAUUGGCAUCAGCAAGAGAUAUUCCAUUGACUUCAGGAUUUGUUAUCUGGUCCAAAUAAUUACAAAUUAGAUUGUAGAAAUAUAUGCAAAAGGUAGAACAGAUCUUAGGUCCUUAAUGGGCAGAAGAUACUGAUGGCAAGAAAUGUAAAGAAAUGGGUGAGACAUUUGAAAGGAUUCUGGAUUCAGGACCAGCUUUGGAGGAUUGGAAACAAGAAAUUAAUCAUCAUAAUAAGGCAGUCAGUCAAAAUGAAAAGUUAUUUGAAGUAGUUACAAGAAGGAGAGGAUUAGAAAUUAGAGUCAAUUAUGAGAAAAAGCUAAGCUAAUUAUUCAAAGAAGUGAGAAAUCUAAGUAAUAUGAAAACAAAGGUCCCAUAUUCAAUAUCUCACAUUGCUAAUGAUGCUAAGGCUUCUUAUCCAUUUGCCUUAUCUUUACAAGAAUCAUUGCACACUUACAUCUAGAUAACAUCUCAAUUGAAUGCCAAAUCUGCCAAAUUGGUAGCUGCUUUAAGAAAGGAAGUGUAACUAUAAAUUGGUUAAGGAUUCAACUACUUGUGGACUCACAAAACCUAGUUACAGCCAUACGUGAAGAAAUUCACUGACAAGGUCUUUGAAUUGGAGUAAGCUGUUAAUGGAUUGAAUGAGAGAAUUGGUUAGAUAGAAUCAUUAUGUGAAGCUAUGAAGACAUGUCCCGUAGAUUCUUUGGCUGAUAAAUUAAAGGAUAUCCAAGAAGUUAUAGAUUCACUAUGCUUCAAUAAUUUCUCAAAUUUACACAUUUGGAUCUAGGAUAUUGAUAAAUAAAUUGAAAGCAUUUUAUGUGAUAGAGUGACUGUGCAAAUGAAGGAAUGGUUAAAUUAAUUCAUCAAUUAUCAGAAAAUUCAAGAAAGAGGACUUGUAAAUUAGACAGUUGUGCAUGAAUUGAAACUACAAGAUUAGAUCAUUUAUGUGGACCCUCCUGUUGAGUAUGCAAAGUACUUCUGGUUCUAAGAGUUUCAUAAAAUGAUUGGAUAGAUUUGCAGCUUACCCAGGUUAGUUGCCAAUAGAUUCGACAAUACAAUAUAGUAAAAUACAGGCCCAUGGGGUACUUAAAGAGACUUAGACUAUUCAACUACUAUAAAUAAGAUAAAUUAACAGUUGAUAAAGGAUGCUUAUUCAUAAAUUGGGUAAUUAUUGGAAGACAUGGAAUAAUACGUGUAGACAUGGUUAAAUUAUCAAUCACUAUGGGAAUUAGAUAUUAAAUAAGUAGAAUAAAUACUAUAAGAUGAUAUUGAAAAGUGGUAAUAGAUGUUAACAGAUAUUAAAUAAGGAAGAGCUACAUUCGACAAUUCAACAACAGAGGAACAUUUUGGAGCAAUUAUAAUUGAUUAUAGAAUGGUUUAAGUCAAGAUUAAUCAUAAGUAUGAUGCUUGGCAUAAGGAGUUGUUAAAUCAUUUUGGUAAUAAGUUUGGAGAGUAGUUGAGAGUGUUUAAUAAGAAUGUUACAACAGAAAAGGAGAAACUACUCAAAAUCAAUUUCUAAGAUUUAACAUCAGACAUCAUUGAAUCCAUUACAAUAAUAUAAGAGUAAGAUAAGAAAUUCCCAGGAUGGUCUGCAGAUAUAGAAUCCUUUAAGAAUGGUCAAAAGGUUUUGGAUAGACAAAGAUAUCAAUAUCCAGGAGAUUGGCUGAGUUUUGAAUAGGUAGAGAUGCAGUGGAAUCAAUUUAAAUAGAUUCGUAGUAAGAAACUACAAUCACAAGAGAGUGAAAUGAAUAACAUUCAGUCUAAGAUUUAAUAGGAUGAGAGAUAUUUGAAUUAAUAAAUACAAGAGAUUGAAGAACAAUGGAAGACAUCUAAACCUGAUUCUGGAGAUUGCUCUCCAAAUGAGGCUGAAUAGAUACUCAAAAGUUUGAAUGAACAACUGAUAUCAGUUUAAGAGAAGUAUGAGAAGUGCAGUUAGGCUAAAGAGAUUUUGAAGAUGGAUCCACCUACUCAUUAAUAGAAGUUGAAUGUUUUGUUGGAAUCAAUUUCAGAUCUCUAGGAUGUUUGGUAGGAAUUGGGCAAGAUUUGGAAGGUGAUGCAAUCGAUUAAGGAAUAAUUGAUAUCAGCUCUAUAGAAUAAGAAGAUCAAGGAUACAUGUGAUGAGGCUUAGAAACAAUUGAAUGGAGUAUCUACUAAGACAAGGAAUUACGAUGCAUUUGAAAAGAUGAAGGAGAAGGUAAAGAACUAUAUUAAGAUGAAUAAACUCAUUAUGGAUUUGAAGGAUGAAUCAAUGAAGGAGAGACAUUGGAGACAAUUAUUGUCAAAAUUGAAAAUCAAUGAAUCUUUAAAUUAAUUGUAAAUGCAACAUUUGUGGAAUGCUAAUCUUUUGAAUUAUGAGAAUCUAGCUAAGGACAUUAUGACAGUUGCAAGAGGAGAACAGGUGUUAGAGACAAUGAUUUCAUAAGUGAAGGACUUUUGGAAUUCAUUUGAAUUAGAAUUAGUCAAAUAUUAAACUAAAUGUAAAUUGAUCAGAGGUUGGGAUGAAUUGUUUUAGAAGUUAGAUGAGGAUCUUAAUAACUUAGCCUCAAUGAAGAUUUCUCCUUUCUAUAAAACCUUUGAGGCAGAAAUCUCUUAAUGGGAUGAUAAAUUGCAGAAAGUGAAAUUGACCAUGGAUAUUUGGAUUGAUGUUCAGAGGAGAUGGGUUUAUUUGGAAGGUAUCUUCUUUGGUUCUUCUGAUAUCAAAACAUAAUUGUAAAAUGAAUACAAUAAAUUCAAAGAUAUUGACAGUCAAUUCACUAAUUUGAUGAAGAAAGUGGCUCAAAAACCAUAAUUAAUGGAUGUCUAAGGAAUCCCCAAUUUGGCUAAGACCUUAGAAAGAUUAAGUGAUUUCCUAUAGAAGAUCCAAAAGGCAUUGGGUGAUUACUUGGAGACUUAGAGAUAAGCAUUCGCUAGAUUUUAUUUUGUGGGAGAUGACGAUCUAUUGGAUAUCAUUGGUAAUUCAAAAGAUGUGACAAAUGUGUAAAGACAUUUCCCUAAGAUGUAUGCAGGAAUUGUGCAAUUGUAGAGUAGAAAGGAUGGAAAUGAUGAUGUUGUAUUGGGAAUGUCAAGUAAAGAAGGAGAGGUGGUUCCAUUUAGUAAGGAGGUGAAGAUUGCAGAGGAUCCCAGAAUCAACAUAUGGUUGGGUAAGGUUGACAAUGAGAUGAUGAAUUCAUUGGCUCUGGAUUUAGAGAAAUCAGUCUUAGAUAUCCAAGCUAAUCAAUAGAACAGGAUGAAAGUAAUUGAGGAACAUCCAGCUCAAAUCAUUUUAUUGGCCUUGUAAGUGGGAUGGUGUUUUUCAGUUGAAUCAUCAUUCAAUAAUGAAUAAUAGAUGAAACAAACAUUGUAGUAUGUGUUGGAAUUCUUGUCUGAAUUGGCAGAGAGUGUAUUGAAGGAUCAUCCUAAAUAAUUGAGAUAGAAGUUUGAGUAGAUUAUUACAGACUUUGUUCAUUAGAGAGAUGUGAUCAGAUUGUUGAUGAACAAUAAAAUAAACAGUAAGAAUGACUUCGGUUGGUAAUACCACAUGAGAUUCAAUUGGAAUUCUAAGGAAGCAGAUCCUGGAAAAAGGUUACUGAUUUAAAUGGGUAAUGCACAAUUCCAUUAUGGAUUUGAAUAUUUGGGAGUGGCAGAGAAGUUAGUCUAAACUCCAUUGACUGAUAAAUGCUUUUUGACAUUGACACAAGCUUUGCAUUUGAGAAUGGGAGGAUCUCCUUUUGGACCAGCUGGUACAGGUAAGACAGAGAGUGUUAAGGCAUUGGGUGCAUAAUUGGGUAGAUUCGUUUUGGUGUUUAAUUGUGAUGAGACAUUCGAUUUUAAUGCCAUGGGUAGAAUCUUCGUAGGAUUGUGUUAAGUAGGAGCUUGGGGUUGUUUCGAUGAGUUCAAUAGAUUGGAGGAACGUAUGUUGUCUGCUUGUUCAUAACAAAUAUUAUUGAUUUAAACAGGAUUGAGAGAGAAGUAGAAGCAAAUAGAAUUGAUGGGCAAGGAUGUGAAAUUGAGUUCAUAGAUGGGAGUGUUUGUUACUAUGAAUCCUGGAUAUGCAGGGAGAUCAAAUCUACCAGAGAAUUUGAAAUAGUUGUUCAGAUAAAUGGCCAUGGUUAAACCAGAUAGAGAAUUGAUUGCUUAAGUCAUGUUAUUCAGUUAAGGAUUCAGAACAGCAGAAAAAUUAGCAGGAAAGAUAGUUUCACUAUUUGAAUUAUGUGACAAUCAAUUAUCAUCACAACCACAUUACGAUUUUGGUUUGAGAGCCUUGAAAUCAGUAUUGAACUCUGCUGGUAACAUGAAGAGACAAGAAAUGAUAGACAGAAAAUAAGAACCUGUUCCAUAAUCUGAAAUUGAAGAGUUCGAAUAAACCAUUUUAUUAAGGAGUGUUUGUGAUACUGUGGUACCCAAAUUAAUCAAAGACGAUAUCAAAUUGUUGGAAACAUUGUUAUAAGGUGUAUUUCCAGGAUCUUGCAUUCCAGAAAUUAAGGAGGAACAAUUAAGAAAGGAAUUAGCCUUGGCUUGUCAGAGAAAGAAUCUACAAUCGAGUAAGAACUUCAUUGAAAAAGUGUUGUAAUUGUAUUAGAUUCAGAGAUUACAACACGGUUUGAUGUUAGUUGGUCCAUGUGGUUGUGGCAAGAGUGCUGCCUGGAGAGUCCUAUUGGAAGCGAUGUAUAAAUGUGAUAAAGUGAAAGGAGAAUUUUAUAUUGUUGAUCCAAAGGCCAUAUCCAAAGAUGAAUUAUAUGGUAGAUUAGACAAUACCACUUUGGAAUGGACUGAUGGAGUCUUCACUUCUAUACUCAGGAAAAUCAUAUCUAAUCAAAGACAAGAGAGCACCAGAAGACAUUGGAUUAUAUUUGAUGGAGACGUUGAUCCUGAAUGGGCUGAAAAUCUCAACUCAGUGCUUGAUGACAAUAAACUAUUAACCUUACCUAACGGUGAAAGAUUGGCUAUUCCCCCUAAUGUUAGAAUGAUCUUUGAAGUCGAAACUCUUAAAUAUGCCACCUUAGCUACUGUUUCCAGAUGUGGUAUGGUUUGGUUUAGCGAAGAAACCAUCAAUGAUGAAAAUAUCUUCUAUCACUUCUUGGAACGAUUGAAGUAGGAUGAUUAUGAUCAAUAAAAAUCUGAAGAUGACAACAACAAGUAAGUUAAUUCUCAAGAAAGUGAACUAAGAACUAAAUGUGUUAAAGCCCUAGAAUCAAUCAUCAAGUUUUUAUCCUAAUUCCUCUAAAUUGCCUAAAAACCAGAAUAUAAACAUGUCAUGGAAUUCACCAGAAUCAGAGUCUUAGAAAGCACUUUCGCUUUAGUUAGAAGAAGCAUUUCAAAUAUCAUCGAAUACAAUGAAAAUAACUCUGAAGUUCCAUUGGAAGAUGAUCAAAUUAAUGAUUUCAUGGUUAAACAAUUUCUUAUUGCUGUCAUGUGGGGUGUCGCUGGUUCCAUGAAUCUUUAUUAAAGAACACAAUACUCCAAGGAAAUCUGUUAAUUAUUACCACACAAUGUUAUCCUACCAUAAUUCAAUGAUAGCGCACCUUCAUUGAUUGACUUUGAAGUCACUCUCCCAGAAGCUUAAUGGAGCCAAUAUAAGAAGAAGGUACCUCAAAUUGAAAUUGAUCCACAAAGAGUCACAGAUGCUGAUCUCAUCAUCGAAACAGUUGAUACUCUCAGACAUAAAGAUGUUCUCUGUGGAUGGCUUAAUGAACAUAGACCCUUCUUAUUAUGUGGACCUCCUGGUAGUGGUAAGACCAUGACUUUAAUGAGCACACUAAAGGCCUUAACUGAUUUCGAAAUGAUCUUCAUCAAUUUCAGUAGUUCCACUAUGCCUCAAUUAAUCAUUAAAUAAUUUGAUCAUUAUUGCGAAUAUAAGAAAACUACAAAUGGAGUCUUCUUACAACCAAAGAAUUAGAAAUGGCUCGUUGUAUUUUGUGAUGAAAUCAAUCUACCUGAUCAAGAUAAAUAUGGCACCAUGGCUAUUAUCACUUUCUUACGUUAAUUAACAGAAUAACACGGAUUUUGGAGAUCUUCAGAUAGACAAUGGAUUUCCCUUGAUAGAAUCUAAUUCGUAGGAGCAUGUAAUCCUCCUACUGAUGUGGGUAGAAAACCACUUACUCCAAGAUUUCUUAGACAUUGUCCUUUAAUCCUCGUCGAUUUCCCAGGACCUGAAUCACUCAAAUAAAUUUAUGGCACUUUCAAUAAGGCAAUGCUUAGAAGAACAGUUAACCUUAAACAAUAUUCUGAAUAACUCACUAAUGCUAUGGUUGAAUUUUACACCAAAUCAUAAUAACAUUUCACAGCUGAUUAAUAAGCUCAUUAUAUUUAUUCACCCAGAGAAUUAACUAGAUGGAAGUAUGCUUUGAAUGAAGCCUUAGAACCACUUGAAUCUGUUGAAGAUUUAGUUAGACUAUGGGCACAUGAAGGUUUAAGAUUAUUCCAAGAUAGAUUGGUACAUGAACAUGAAAAAGAGUGGUGCAAUAAACUUAUUGAUCAAGUUGCUUAUAAUAAUUUCAACAAUUUGAAAGAUGAAGCUUUACAAAGACCAAUUCUAUUCAGUAACUAUCUCCAUAAGGUUUAUCAAAGUGUUGAUAGAGAAGAGUUGAGAAAGUACAUCCAAGGAAGACUCAAAUAAUUUAAUGAAGAAGAAUUAUCUGUUCCCUUGGUUGUUUUUGAUGAUGUACUUGAUCACAUAUUGAGAAUCGAUAGAGUUCUGAAAUAACCUUUAGGACAUCUACUAUUGGUUGGAUCUUCUGGAGUUGGUAAAACAACACUCACAAGAUUUGUAAGUUGGAUUAAUAAUCUUACAGUCUUCUAAAUUAAGGCAGGUAGAGAUUAUUAAUUAGCUGACUUUGAUAAUGAUCUGAGGGAGGUAAUGAAGAGGGCUGGUGCUAAAGGCGAGAAGAUUACAUUCAUUUUUGAUGAAUCAAAUGUAUUAGGUCCAUCUUUCUUAGAGAAGAUGAAUGCAUUGUUGGCAUCAGGUGAAAUUCCAGGAUUGUUUGAAAAUGACGAAUAUUUGGCAUUGAUUAACUUGCUUAAAGAAAACUCAAAUCAAAACAAAUAAUUUGAUUCUUCAGAAGAAUAGUUAUUCAAGAAUUUCACUUACUAAGUGUAAAGAAAUUUACACGUUGUAUUUACAAUGAAUCCUAAGAAUCCAGAUUUUUCAAAUAGAACAGCUUCUUCCCCUGCAUUGUUUAAUAGAUGUGUUAUAGAUUGGUUUGGAGAUUGGACCAAUGAAGCUCUCUUUUAGGUUGGUAAAGCAUUUACUAUGUACAUUGAUCCUCCUGAAAAUGCAUUCAGCAAAAAGAUUAAAGAUGAAACUUAAAGAUAACAUAUUUUAGUAUCCACUUUAGUCUAUAUCUAAAAUACUAUCAUUGAAUUGAAUAACAAAUUACAGAAGGGAGCUAAGAGAUUCAAUUAUAUAACUCCAAGAGACUAUUUAGAUUUCUUGAAGCAUUUCGAGAAAUUGCAUAAUGAAAAGAAAUCGCAAUUGGAAGAUUAAUAGUUGCAUCUGAAUGUUGGUUUGGAUAAGUUGAAGGAGACAGAACAACAAGUAUUGGAGAUGCAGAAAAGCUUAGAUCAGAAGAAGGUUGAGUUAUUGACAAAGGAGAGACAGGCAGGUGAGAAGUUGCAGACAAUUAUUGAAGAGAAGAAGAUAGCUGAGAAGAAGAAGGAAGACAGUACAAGAUUAUCAAGUGAUGCUGAGAAGAAGGCUAAGGAGAUGGAAGUAAGGUAGUCUUAGGUCAAUAAGGAAUUGAAUGAAGCAUUGCCUGCUUUGGAAAAUGCAAAACAAUGUGUGAAUAGCAUUAAGAAGGAUGAUUUGAAUUAAAUCAGAGCAUUGGGAUCACCUCCUGCCUUGGUUAAGUUGACAAUGGAAGCCGUUGUUUGUGCAAUUAAUUCAUUGGAAAAGAGUCCAGAAUGGAAGGACGUAUAGAAAUCAAUGGCCAAUAUGAAUUUCAUCAAUAAUGUUAUUAACUUCAAUACAGAAACAAUGCCACCCAAAGUGAAGAAAUUCAUUUUAACAAAAUAUUUAUCAGCCCAAGAGUGGAAUAUUGACAGAAUUAACUUUGCAUCAAAAGCAGCAGGUCCAUUGGCUAUGUGGUUGGAUUCACAAUUGAAAUAUGCCGAUAUUUUAUAGAAAGUGGAUCCACUUAGAUAGGAAGUGGCUAAAUUAUUGUAAGAGAGUGACGAACUCAACACUUAGAAGAAGAUCUAUGAUGAUGAAGUAGCAGCUGCUGAGGCUAAGAUUCACAACUUACAAUAGGAGUAUUCGGAAUUGAUUAGUUAGAAGGAAUCAAUUAAGUCAGAGAUGUUGAAAGUGUAAGAGAAAGUAACAAGGUCCUAGGCAUUAUUGAGUGAUUUGAGUGGAGAAAGAGUACGUUGGGAAGAGGCAUCAUAAAACUUUAAAAGUUAAUUAGCUACAAUGAUAGGAGAUGUGUUAUUGUCAUCAGCAUUCCUGUCUUAUAUUGGGUUCUUUGAUCAUUUUUACAGGAAGGUGGUAAUAAACACUUGGAAAGAUUAUCUCUCGGGCUAAGCGAAUAUCUCUUACAGACAAGAUCUUUCAUUGAUUGAAUUCUUAUCUAGACCUUCAGACAGAUUGAAUUGGCAAUCACAUACAUUGCCUUCGGAUGAUUUGUGCAUGGAGAAUGCCAUCAUAUUAUAUAGAUUCUAGAGAUAUCCUCUAGUUAUUGAUCCAUCUGGACAGGCAUUGUCUUAUAUUUCCUCAUUGUACAAAGAUAAGAAAUUAGCAAGGACAUCAUUCACAGAUGAAUCAUUCUUGAAGACCUUGGAAACAUGCCUAAGAUUUGGUUGUCCAUUGUUGGUACAGGAUGUGGAAAAGGUGGAUCCAAUUUUGAAUUCAGUUUUGAACAAUGAAACAUAUAAAACAGGAGGAAGAGUGUUAAUAAGAGUAGGCAAUUAAGAAAUCGAUUUUUCACAAGGCUUUACUAUGUUCAUGAUCACCAGAGAUAGCACAGCUAGAUUCACUCCUGAUUUAUGCAGCAGAGUUACAUUUGUCAAUUUUACAGUCACUCAAAGCAGUUUGUAGGAACAAUGUUUGAAUAUCUUCUUGAGAAAUGAAUCCCCAGAAACUGAGGAGAAGAGAUUAAAUUUAAUGAAAUUGCAAGGAGAAUAUAUAGUUAAGUUGAGAGAAUUGGAAGAUCAAUUAUUGGAUUCAUUGAAUAAUAGUAGAGGAUCCAUAUUGGAAGACGAGAAGGUUAUCUAAACAUUAGAGAAGUUGAAGAAGGAGGCUGCUGUUAUUGUUUAAGAAAUGAAAUAGGCUGACACUAUUAUGAAUGAGGUCAUGAAUACAACACAUUCAUAUGUUCCUUUGGCUAAUACUACCUCUAAGAUCUUCUUCAGUUUGACAUCUUUGGCCAAUAUUCAUUAUUUGUACUAGUUUUCAUUGUAAUUCUUCAUGGAUACCAUUUAUAAUGUGUUAAAUAAGAAUGAAUAGUUGCAGAAGAUUCCCAAACAAGAUUUGAUAAAGAGAAGAAUUCUAAUUUUCAAUGAAAUGUUCAAAGAAAUAUACAAACGAAUGAAUUUCUCUUUGUUAUAGGAGGAUAAAUUGGUGUUUGCAAUUACCUUGGCCUAAGUGAAAUUGGGAGACAACACCUUGGGAUAGGAAUUCUUGAAUGUAUUCAAACCACCAACAGUGAUGGAGACUACAUUUUCAAAUACAUUCUUGUAAGGGAAGUUGAGUAUCCAAUAAUUGAAAUAAUUAGAAGGAAUAACUCAAUAGAAUUAAACUUUCAAUAGACUCAUAGACAACUUAAAUAAGAAUGAAGAUCGUUGGCUCAACUUUUUAAAUGAUGAAGCUCCAGAAAAUGACAUUCCAACAUAAUGGUAUAAUGAAGUUUAAAGAGAUGACAUUAGAUAAUUGGAUGAUUUACACAUCCUAAGAAUAUUCAGAGCUGAUAGAUUCUAAAUAAUAGCUAGAAAAUUAAUCAAUCAAAUUUUGGGAGAGGGUUUCAUGGAUGAACAAACAGUGGAUAUGAAAUUGGUAGUUGAGAAGGAAGCAUCGAACAAGAUUCCUAUUCUUUUAUGUUCAGCCCCAGGAUUUGAUCCAUCCUUUAAAGUCGAAUAACUCAGUAGAGAAAUGGGAAUCAAAUUGACUAGCGUGGCUAUAGGAAGUGCUGAAGGUUUUGAUUAGGCCGAAUAGGCAAUUACUCAAAGUGUCAAAUCCGGAUCUUGGGUGAUGUUGAAGAAUGUUCAUUUAGCUACCAGUUGGCUUAAUGAUUUAGAGAAGAAAUUAUUUAGAUUGACUCCAAAUGCCAAUUUCAGAAUAUUCUUAACCAUGGAAUUCAAUCCAAAGAUACCAACUACUUUGAUUAGAUAAUCCUAUAAAUUGGUCUUCGAACCCCCUGAUGGUAUCAAAGCAUCUCUGAUUAGAACAUUCAAAACUGUCUUGUCUCAACAAAGAACAGACAGAUAACCAGUGGAAAGAGCAAGAUUACAUUUCCUGUUAGCUUGGUUACAUGCUGUUAUUCUGGAGAGAUUGAGAUUCACUCCUAUUGGAUGGAGCAAAACCUAUGAAUUUAAUGAGGCAGAUUAAAGAUGCUCAUUGGAUCUCAUUGAUGAAUAUGUAGAUGCCUUAGGUAUAAGAUAAAAUAUAGAUCCAUCUAAAUUACCAUGGGAUGCCUUUAGAACUAUAUUGACAUAGAAUUUAUAUGGUGGUAAAGUAGAUAAUGAAUAUGACCAAAAGAUUCUUCAAUCCUUGGUUGAACAAUUCUUCACUGAACAAAGUUUCAAUCAUAAUCAUCCUCUAUUCUUCACCUUAGAAGGCAAAGAAGCCAUCACAGUUCCCGAAGGCAGAACUUAUCUAGAUUUCAUGUAAUGGAUUGAACAAUUACCAAAGACUGAAAGUCCAGAGUGGUCAGGUUUACCUUCCAACGUAGAAAGAGUCCAAAGAGAUCAAUUAACUCAAAAGUUGAUCACCAAAGUCUAAAAUCUCUAACAAGAAGGCGAAGAAGAAAUCACUUAAAUUGAAGAUAACAAAAAGUCUGACCAAGUUUAAUGGCUAUAGGAUCUUCUAGAGAAGGUUGAGAAAUUCAAAGCCAUACUCCCCAAUAAAAUCUCUCCCUUGGAAAGAACAGCCGAUUCUAUCAAUGACCCCUUAUUUAGAUUCUUAGAUAGAGAAAUUACUGUGGCCUCUAAAUUAUUAAAAGCUGUAAGAUAGAAUAUUGAGGAAUUAAUUUAAUUGGCUUAAGGAAAAAUCUUAGCCACAAACAUACUAAGAUAAUUGGCUAAGGAUGUUUUCAACAAUAUUGUCCCAGCAUAAUGGAAUAAAUACAAUGUAAUCACUAUGCCUUUGAAUGAUUGGGUUGGUGACUUUAAGAGAAGAAUUGAUUAAUUCGAUCUCUUAGGAAAAACUAAAGACUUCUAAAAAGGCCAAGUCUGGUUUGGUGGAUUGCUAUUUCCUGAAGCAUAUCUUACAGCCACCAGAUAAUACGUGGCCCAAGCCAACAAAUGGUCAUUGGAAGAAUUAGAACUAUAAAUGAUACCAGAAGAUCAAGGAAUUGAUGAGGAUUCCUUUGUUAUUGAAGGAGUAUCAAUGGAAGGAGGACAUUUAGACUCCAAGACUUUACAAGUAAGAAUUGUCAAUGAAAUCUCAGUCGCAUUAAAACCAAUAACCUUAAAAUGGUGCAAAACUUCCCAAAAAGGAGUUGUAGGAGAUGAUGAAAUUGUUUUACCUGUUUAUUUGAACAAAACAAGGAAGAAUCUUAUAUUCUCCCUUAAAGUCAAGAUGGGUAAACUUAAUAGAUACACACUCUAUUAGAAAGGUUUGUCAUUUAUCCUCUUUAAUUGA